UGCACUUUUCUCUUGUUCCAGCAACUCUCUGUGAUCCAGUGUACAGUCAUAGUGAGGUGUCGCAUGUGCCGCACUUACAUUAACCCAUUUGUUUACUUUGUGGACAAUAAAAGAUGGAAGUGUAACCUCUGUUUUAGAGUUAACGAAUUACCAGAUGAGUUCCAGUUUGACCCAAUGACAAAAACUUAUGGGGACCCUUCAAGAAGACCAGAGAUUAAAUCAGCUACAAUAGAGUUUAUUGCUCCUUCCGAAUACAUGGUGAGACCACCACAACCGGCCAUCUAUGUGUUUGUGUUGGAUGUGUCACGGCUAGCUUGCGAGAGUGGCUACCUGGACGUUGUGUGUCGCACUUUGCUAGCUGAGCUAGACAAUGUGCCGGGCGAUGCUAGGACCUCUGUGGCCUUUAUUACCUUUGACUCUGCCGUCCACUUCUACAGCCUUACCGAGGGCCAGGGUCAGCCCCACCAGCUGAUAGUGGUGGACAUUGACGACAUGUUUCUUCCAACACCUGAUAACUUGCUGGUGAGUCUGAACGAAUGUAGGGACCUGAUUAGAGACCUGCUAACACAGUUGCCCAACAAGUACAGGGAGUCAUAUGACACCCACUCUGCUUUGGGUGCAGCGCUACAGGCAGCCUACAAACUUCUGGCCCCAACAGGAGGACGAGUGACGAUAUUCCAAGCUUGUCUGCCCAACGUAGGGCCUGGGGCCCUGACAGCAAGAGAAGACCCAGCCCAGCGCGCUGGAGACAACCCUCCCCACCUCAACCCCUCAACAGACUUCUACAAAAAAUUGGCUCUGGAUUGCUCUGGCCAACAGAUCGCUGUGGAUCUGUUCUUAGUCAACAGUCAAUACUUGGACCUAGCAACUCUCUCCGGAGUGUCCAGGUUCUCGGGUGGCUGCAUGCAUCAUGUACCUCUGUUCCGUUCAGACAAACCCUUCCUUGUAGACACAUUGGAAAGAAUGUUCCAGAGAUAUCUUACCAGGAAGAUUGGCUUUGAAUCAGUCAUAAGGCUACGCUGUACCAGAGGGCUGUCGAUACACACAUUCCACGGUAACUUCUUUGUGCGAUCUACGGAUCUUCUGUCUCUGCCCAACGCGAACCCUGACGCUGGAUUUGGAAUGCAGAUCACAAUAGAUGAGAAUCUCUCAGAUGUACAGAAUGUUUGCUUCCAAGCUGCUUUGCUAUACACAUCAAGUAAAGGAGAGAGGAGGAUACGAGUGCACACAUUGUGCCUUCCUGUGGCUUCCAACCUAGCUGAUAUACUGCACGGGGCGGACCAACAGUGCAUCGUAGGCCUCCUCGCCAAGAUGGCGGUGGACAGGUCCGUCCAAAGCUCACUUUCUGACGCCAGAGAAGCAUUUGUCAACGUUGUGGCGGAUAUUCUCUCUGCAUACAAACUCACUCAGUCCGGCAACACUACAGGCUGUAUGCUAGCACCUGCUAGUCUCCGGCUGUUACCUCUCUACAUCCUUGCUUUGCUCAAACAUAUGGCAUUCCGAGUGGGCCAAAGCACACGGCUUGAUGACCGGGUCUUCGCCAUGUGUCAGAUGAAGAGUUUGCCACUCUCAUUCCUAAUACAAGCUAUCUACCCUGAUCUCUAUCCUUUACUCAAUAUUGAGCAACAGCCAGAAGUGGAGGUAGGGGAACACGUGGUACCGCAGCCUCCCAGACUGCAACUGUCUGCAGAAAGGAUAGACUCCCACGGGAUCUUCCUCCUGGAUGACGGUUCCAGUCUUCUGGUAUACGUUGGCCACAAUCUGGAUCCUGUCGUCUGUCAGGCUGUCUUUGAUGUGCCUCACUUCUCUGCCAUCCCCCAAGAAUUAUACUCGUUACCUGAACUGGAAAAUUCAACAUCUGAAGCAAUUAGGUCGUUUGUCACAUAUCUCCAAAAUGAAAAGCCUUACCCCAUUCCGCUACAAGUAAUAAGGGACGACAGUCACCAGAGGAUGAGGUUUUUGGAAAAAUUAAUUGAAGAUAAGAACGAGUCCGGAACAUCCUACUAUGAGUUUUUACAACGAGUCAAGACUCUCAUAAAGUAAUUAUUUCGGAACUCUGUGAUCUGAAGAUAACGUCUCAUUUGUGUCAAGUUCCUUUUAUAGUCAAUGCAGUUUUAUUUGUUGCCAAUAUUUUUAUUGUACAUACAAAUAGUAUGUUGCCAGUUUUGAUAAAAAUCCCUUGUAAUAUUGUUUUUAUUUAUACAUGAAUAUUGUUGUUAUAUAUAAAUCUUAUUGUAUGAUAAAGUGUAUAUAAAAGUAUUGGUGACAUCACGUACCGGACUGCUCAGUGUUUUAAGCAGCUCUUAGCUCAAAGUGUUGAAAUUGGAAUGAAACAGAUUUAUUGAGACUUAUAGAAUUAGUUAUAAUCUGACCAUUUGGGCGCUGUAUAUUUAAACUUGUACAAAGGUAUUCUGAUUAUUGUUUUAAAUAUUGUAUCAAUACAUCUUGUACACUAAAUAGAUUAUAUAAAAUAUAGGCCAAUU